AUGAGCACCGACCCGAACGGCAAUCGCUGGUCAAACGCCGAGAAGAACUUCGGAAAGGCGCUGCUGAAGCGCUCAGGGUGGACAGAGGGCACCGGACUUGGCAAGGGUCAAGAUGGUGCCGUCAGCCACGUCAAGGUGAGUCGUAAGGAUGACGUGAUGGGACUCGGCUAUCACGCUGGGGUGCAGGACACGUGGACCACACAGUCGCUUGGCUUCGCCGAUGUCCUAACACGCAUCAAGGUGUCCACUACCGUCGCCAUUAGCGACUCGGACGACGAUGGUGAGGUGUCGCCGUCAUCCUUGCCGACGACGAGCGGGGAGGCGAAGAAGAUCGGCAUGAGCCGCCACUAUACGAUGUACGCAAAGCGCAAUGCCCUGAAGAUGGAGCUCAUCCACGGCGGUGACAGCGCCGAAAUGGAGGCGAAGCGGUUCGAGAUUCUCGGCAGCGCGGCGACGAAGUGUCGGCGCGACGCAGACAAUGACGACGUGACGGGCGCACCGGAUCAGAAGCGCAGCCGCUGCACGUCGUCCGCCUCUACGCUUAAAUCGCCGCUGCUGCUUCGGCUGAUGGUGCGCUGCACCACCGACGAGCCAAAGCCGACGGCGGACGACAUGACACCGGAGGAGCGCAUCCUCAUAACCAAGCCGCACCCACGGCCACCCAAGUGCACGGAUACACCGUUCCUUGCCUGA